CGGUGGUUUCUCCAGAGAGCAGCGUCAGAAGAAGAUGGGCCGUUAACAAGAGAGGAAACCGUUUGGCUAUCUUGAGUUGGCAAAGUAACCUGACUUUAACAUAUUGAAUUGCCUACAUUUUAAACGUGCUGUUGUGUUUGGUUCAGGGUAACAUCGAAAAUGAUCCUUACCGUGAAACCGCUUCAGGGAAAAGAAUGCAGUGUUCAGGUGACUGAAGAUGAGAAGGUCUCCACCGUUAAGGAACUCGUGUCAGAACGUCUCAACAUACCAGCGAACCAGCAGCGGUUGCUCUAUAAAGGGAAAGCGCUCGCAGAUGAACACAGACUAUGUGAUUACUCCAUUGGGCCAGAGGCUAAAUUGAAUCUGGUGAUCCGUCCGGUGGGAGAGAGGACGGGUCCUUCAGGGAUGUCUGCCGGCAGCAGCAGCAGCAGCUCGCAGGGCAGAGUGUGGCAGACCGUGUCCACUGUCCUGGCCAAGCACUUCAGUCCAGCAGAUGCAGCAAAAGUCCAUGAACAGCUUAUUAAGGACUAUGAACGUUCACUUCGACAGCUGAGUAUCGAUGACAUUGAGCGCUUGGCGGGAAGACUGCUUCACCCUGACGGAGACGGCAUGGACACCUCAUAUAUGGACUGAGAAUGCUUAGCUGAUAGUGGCUUUUUGUGAUUGUCUUUUGAGAGGUGUGAGGCGUGGAAAAUAUGAUAUCAGUUUUCUAGCAGGGGCCCCAGCUGUGUGCCUAAUCAUUGGCUGAGUGAACACAGAUAACACUUGACUGUUGAUUAUUUCAACAAUAGGCCUUUUCGUGUCCAUGACCAAAGGACUUGGAUAAGAAACCUUGGCAACUUUUGUAUUGUUUCCUGACACAGAUGUUGCAGUAAUGACACAAGACCUGAUCACAUAAUGUUUGAGUACAAAGGAGUCCCUUUAUGCUGUUAGUCUCACAUGAUCUCUGGCUGCUACAACAUCCAGAGGACACUUACUUCAACUUGAGGGUAUUUGUUCUUAAUGUAUGUGCUGGAUGAUGACUGAGUGAUUUCUUUUAACAAUCCAUUAGAAGGUAAUACACAUGUUUUAUUCCGUAACUUACUGAUGUUUAUUGUAUGAUUUGUAAAUAUCAUGUUUAUAUAUGCACAUUAAACCACAGAAAAAUAA